AUGCUGUCUCUGUCUUAUUUUCCUUCCCUCGUCCUUUUGGGCUUCCUCGCUUAUGCUCAGGCUGCCGUCCAGUUCCUGGGCGUUGCCAUGGCUGGCGGCGACUUUGGGUGUGAUAUCGAUGGCUCCUGUCCACUCUCCACGGCGACCCUGCCGUUGACGGAGCUGGGCCAUGCCGACGGCGGCGGCCAGAUGAAGCAUUUCGUCGAGGAUGACGGCGUGAACAUGUUCCGGCUGCCAACAUCAUGGCAAUUCCUCAUCAACAACGACAAAGAAGUCAGCGACACGUUUGACCCGACCAAUGCCGGCCGCUACGAUCAGUUCGUGAAGGCAUGCCUCGCGACCGGUGCGUAUUGCAUGAUUGACGUGCACAAUUUUGCUCGGUUCAAUGGCGGCAUCGUCGGACAGGGCGGGCCGUCAGACGACAUGUUUGUUGCGAUCUGGGCGGCUCUCGCAAAAAUGUACGCCGACGAGCCCAAGGUCGUCUUUGAAAUCACCAACGAGCCGCACGACCUGGAUCUGGAGACAUGGGCGGCCACGUGCCAAAAGGUCGUCAACGGCAUACGCAAUGCCGGCGCCAAGACGCAGAUGAUCUUGCUGCCGGGCACGAACUUUGACAGCGCCGCGACGCUCAUCUCGACGGGCAGCGCUGACGCCCUGCUGGCCAUUACGAACCCGGACGGCUCGACCGACGGACUGUACCUGGACAUCCACAAGUACCUCGACAACAACAACUCGGGCCAGAAUGCCGAGUGCACGACGAACAACAUUGGCAAUUUCACGAUGCUGGCGACCUACCUGCGCCAAAAGAAGCGCCAGGGCUUGAUUAGCGAGACGGGCGCGUCGAGUGAACCCUCGUGCAUGACGGACUUUUGCGCACAAAACGCCUUUAUCAACGAGAACGCCGACGUCUACAUUGGCUACGUAUCGUGGGCCGCCGGCCAAUUUGACGAGACGUACGUGCUCAGCCUGACGCCCACGCUGCAGCCGGACGGCAGCUACAAGGACAACACGCUCUUUAGCGAGUGCGUACUGGCGCCGUAUCAGAAGGCAGGCGGCGCGAAGGGCAAGGCGCUGCCGUCGAACACGGCGGCCCAGCCGAGUUCCACAUCCAAAGCGACACAAACAAAGGCCUCGAACUCGGCCAAACCAUCGGCGACGGCAGCCACGCCACCGUCGUCGUCCAACAGCGACACUGGCAGCGAUGCGGGUGCCAAGGGCGGUUCGUUGGCAGCAACCACAACUACAUCCGCGUCGACCUCGGCGAGCACGAAUGCCGCGUCGGUCGGGCGGGCCGUCGACGUCAUCAAGAACCUGGCCGUGGCCGCCGUUGUUGGAGCGGCCCUCUUAUAA